UAGCCACACCAGGAAUCCCUUUGACUCCUGGUUUCAAUGAAGCUCCACAUACACCCGGGAUUGGUCUGAAAGAAAAUUCUGUCUCAACAACAAACAUCAAUGGGUUGUUUUCAAUGUACCAGAACGGACAGCAGAAUCCCAUUCAGUCUAGAGUCGAGUUUGAGAGAUUGAACCGAGAGUAUUUGAAUGUCAGAAGAUACUUGAAUCCGGUUGGAGAAAGCCUCAAUCGAGUCAAGAAUAAUACCAUUCGUAUCGAAAAGAGCAAAGAGUCUCCGCCCGGCUUGAACAAAAAUGGGAACACAUUCCAGGAGUUUGCACCUCAUUAUCAAGAAAAGGAAAAAGAGGUCAAUGGCACUUUGAACAAGAUUUGGCAAGAAGCUCUUCUCCUGACAUCAUCCAUUAAACCUCAACAACAGCAACUCCCAUAUUCCCGGUCUCCGAAACAAAUGCAAAAACCUCAAAUGCAAAGGAUUCCUUCCCGUAACCAAUAUAUGAACUUCCGCAACCUGCAAACUCCCACUACUCGUGCCGUCAAGUUAGCAGCACAGGCUCAGGCGGCUCUGUCACAGCCCCACAAACAACAUGCUUCUAAUGGAGUAUCUCAUUAAUGAAAGUUCUAUUUGCAUUCUCAUCGUUACAUACUAUUUACAAACUGCAAUAUAAAUAUUCAAACAUAGAUUAUCCCUGUCUCUGUUUAUGUUUUCCAUUACUUUUGCAAUACACGUACACUCUUCCCUUCCUUCUCACCAUAUAACAGUCCUUACAGAACUUUUUCACUGAGGUUCUAACCUUAAAGGUUCUGAUCGGAUUCAAAGAUCCAAACACACUGGGGGUACUGAAAACCGACGUAGAAACGGGGAUGGAAGACCUGAAUCCUGUGAAUAAUAAAUUUGACCGUAUGCUCGUGGCCCUCAGAGAUACCACCAAGCUCUUUACUAAUGAAUUCACUCUGAACAUUACUGCAAGCUU